AUGGCCCCUCUAUCUGGUCUCUGUUUCUUUGGCUCCAUCUACAACUACAAUGCCUCCCAAGACAUCGAGCUGUCCUUGCAGAUCGGGGACACGGUCCACAUUCUGGAGAUGUACGAAGGUUGGUUCAGAGGAUAUACGCUGAGAAAUAAGUCCAAAAAGGGGAUUUUCCCUGAAACAUACAUUCAUUUGAAAGAGGCGACGGUGGAGGAUCGAGGGCAACAUGAGACGGUGAUUCCCAGCGAGGUGCCCCUGGUGCAGGAACUCACGUCUACCCUUCGAGAAUGGGCGGUCAUCUGGCACAAGCUCUACGUGAACAACAAGGUCACCCUCUUCCGGCAGCUGCAGCAGAUGACCUACAGCCUCAUCGAGUGGAGGUCGCAGAUCCUGUCGGGGACCCUCCCCAAGGACGAGCUGGCCGAGCUCAAGAAGAAGGUCACAGCCAAGAUUGACCAUGGCAACAGAAUGCUUGGACUCGACCUUGUGGUACGAGAUGACAAUGGAAACAUCUUGGACCCAGACGUGACCAGCACCAUCGCCCUGUUCAGGGCCCAUGAAGUGGCCUCCCAGCGGAUCGAAGAAAGGAUCCAGGAGGAGAAGUCCAUCCUACAGAAUCUGGACUUACGGGGCCAAUCCAUCUUCAACACAAUGCACACCUACUGCCUCUAUGUAAACUUCAAGAACUUUGUCUGCAAUAUUGGGGAAGAUGCUGAGCUGCUUAUGGCUCUUUACGACCCCGAUCAGUCCAGAUUUAUCAGUGAGAACUACCUGAUCCGCUGGGGUAGCAACGGGAUGCCGAAAGAGAUUGAGAAGCUCAACAAUCUUCAGGCAGUCUUUACUGACCUCAGCAGCACCGACCUCAUCCGGCCCAAGAUCAGUCUGGUGUGCCAAAUCAUUCGUGUGGGCCACAUGGAGCUGAAGGAGGGGAAGAAGCACACUUGUGGCCUCCGGAGGCCCUUUGGAGUGGCAGUGAUGGAUAUUACCGAUAUCAUACACGGGAAGGUUGACGAUGAAGAAAAACAACAUUUCAUUCCCUUUCAGCAGAUUGCUAUGGAAACCUACAUCCGACAAAGGCAGCUUAUCAUGUCACCCCUGAUAACCUCCCAUGUGAUCGGGGAGAAUGAGCCCCUCACGUCAGUCCUAAAUAAAGUGAUUGCAGCCAAGGAAGUGAAUCAUAAAGGACAAGGUCUUUGGGUUUCCCUGAAGCUGCUCCCUGGGGACCUCACCCAAGUACAGAAAGACUUCUCACACUUGGUUGACAGGUCCACAGCAGUAGCCCGAAAAAUGGGUUUCCCUGAAAUCAUCCUUCCAGGUGAUGUUAGGAAUGACAUCUAUGUCACCCUCAUCCACGGUGAGUUUGACAAAGGGAAGAAGAAGACCCCGAAGAAUGUAGAGGUGACCAUGUCUGUGUAUGACGAGGAUGGGACAUUGCUUGAGAAAGCCAUCCAUCCAGGAGCUGGUUAUGAAGGUAUUUCUGAGUACAAGUCUGUCGUCUACUAUCAAGUCAAACAGCCCUGCUGGUAUGAAACCGUCAAGGUAUCCAUUGCCAUUGAAGAGGUCACUCGUUGUCAUCUAAGAUUUACUUUCCGGCACAGGUCAUCACAGGAAUCCAGAGAUAAAUCUGAAAGAGCUUUUGGGGUGGCCUUUGUGAAACUGAUGAACUCAGAUGGAACCACAUUGCAGGAUGGGAGGCAUAACCUGGUGGUAUAUAAGGGAGAUAACAAGAAAAUGGAAGAUGCCAAGUUCUACCUGACCCUGCCUAGCACAAAGGUCGAGAUGGAGGACAAGGAGUUCUCCCCCAGCAAAAACACCCACUUGUCCAACUUCACCCCAACCAAGGAGAGCACCAAGGACAGCUUCCAAAUCGCCACACUUAUUUGCUCCACAAAAUUGACUCAGAAUGUUGAUCUGCUGGGCUUGUUAAAUUGGCGAUCCAAUUCCCAGAACAUAAAGCACAACUUAAAGAAGCUGAUGGAGGUGGAUGGAGGAGAAAUUGUAAAGUUCCUACAAGAUACUCUCGAUGCACUUUUUAACAUCAUGAUGGAGAUGUCCGACAAUGAAACCUACGAUUUCCUUGUAUUUGAUGCACUGGUGUUUAUUAUCUCGCUGAUAGGAGACAUCAAGUUCCAGCAUUUUAAUCCUGUCCUGGAAACCUACAUUUACAAGCACUUCAGUGCCACCUUGGCAUACGCGAAAUUAACCAAAGUCCUGAACCAUUAUGUGGGAAAUGCUGAAGACUCCAGCAAGACAGAGCUACUCUUUGCUGCCUUGAAAGCCUUGAAGUACCUCUUCAGAUUCAUUGUCCAGUCUCGUGUCCUAUACCUGAGAUUUUAUGGUCAAAGUGAAGAUGGGGAUGAAUUUAACAAUGCAAUUCGCAAGCUCUUUCUCUCCUUCAAUAAUCUAAUGGACAGACCCUUGGAGGAGGCUGUCAAGAUCAAGGGGGCGGCUCUGAAGUACCUUCCCAAUAUAAUUAAUGAUGUCAAGAUGGUGUUUGAUCCUGUCGAACUGAGCAUUCUCUUCAGCAAAUUCAUUCAGAGCAUCCCGGAUAACCAGCUGGUCCGCCAGAAGCUCAACUGUAUGACCAAGAUAGUGGAGAGUAACCUCUUUCACCAGACAGAGUGCAGAGAUGCUUUGCUGCCCCUCCUCAUUGACCAGCUCAGCGGCCAACUGGACGACAACUCCAGCAAGCCCGAUCAUGAGGCAAGCUCCCAGCUCCUCAGCAACAUCCUGGAAGUGUUGGACAGGAAGGAUGUGGGUCCUACCUCCAUGCAUAUCCAGCUGAUCAUGGAACGUCUGUUGAGGAGAAUCAACCGGACGGUGAUUGGAAUGAGUCGGCAAUCUCCCCACAUAGGCAGCUUUGUGGCUUGCAUGACCGCCAUUCUUCGGCAGAUGGACGACUUCCAUUAUAACCACUACAUCAACACUUUCAAGACCAGGCAGGAUAUCAUCGACUUCCUGAUGGAAACCUUCAUCAUGUUUAAGGACCUCAUUGGGAAGAACGUGUAUCCCCCAGACUGGAUGGUCAUGAAUAUGAUGCAGAACAGGGUUUUUCUCCGGUCUAUAAACCUAUUUGCAGAAGUUCUCACAAAGUUAUUCAUGGACCAGAAAGGCUUUGAACUCCAGCUUUGGAACAACUUUUUCCACUUGGCCGUUGCGUUCCUCACUCAUGAGUCCCUUCAGCUGGAAACCUUCUCUCAAGCCAAGCGCUCCAAAAUGAAUAAGAAAUACGGGGACAUGAGAAAGGAAAUCGGCUUUCGAAUCCGAGAUAUGUGGUAUAACUUGGGGCCCCACAAGAUCAAGUUCAUCCCCUCCAUGGUGGGUCCCAUCUUGGAGGUGACCUUGACCCCGGAGACAGAGCUCCGGAAGGCCACCAUCCCCAUCUUCUUCGACAUGAUGCAGUGUGAGUUCAAUUUCAGUGGAAAUCACAACUUCCAGAUGUUUGAGAAUGAGCUGAUCACCAAACUGGACCAGGAGGUGGAAGGAGGCCGGGGUGACGAGCAGUACAAGAUCCUGCUUGAGAAGCUGCUGCUCGAACACUGCCGGAAACACAAAUACCUCGCCAGCUCUGGAGAAGUCUUUGCCCUCCUGGUCAGCAGCCUCUUGGAGAACCUACUGGAUUACAGGACCAUCAUGCAUGACGAAAGCAAAGAGAAUCGCAUGAGCUGUACAGUCAACGUGUUGAAUUUCUAUAAGGAAAAGAAGAGAGAAGACAUUUAUAUAAGGUACUUGUACAAACUUCGGGAUCUGCAUCGGGACUGUGAGAACUACACAGAGGCUGCAAACACCCUCCUCCUGCAUGCCGAGCUUCUCCAGUGGUCAGAUAAGCCCUGUGUACCCCACUUGCUCCAGAGGGACAGCUACCAUGUCUAUUCCCAGCAAGAGCUCAAAGAGAAGCUGUACCAAGAAAUCAUCUCCUAUUUCGACAAAGGCAAAAUGUGGGAGAAAGCCAUCAAGCUCAGCAAGGAGUUGGCCGAGAACUACGAGAGCAAAGUGUUCGACUACGAGGGGCUUGGCAACCUCCUGAAAAAACGGGCCUCGUUUUACGAGAACAUCAUCAAAGCGAUGAGACCCCAGCCGGAAUACUUUGCCGUCGGUUACUACGGACAGGGCUUCCCGUCAUUUCUUCGGAACAAAAUCUUCAUCUAUCGAGGAAAGGAGUACGAGCGGAGAGAAGACUUCAAUCUGAAACUGCUGACUCAGUUUCCCAAUGCUGAGAAGAUGACCAGUACAACGCCUCCUGGAGAGGAAAUCAAAUCAUCUCCCAAACAGUAUGUGCAGUGCUUCACGGUGAAGCCCGUCAUGAACCUGCCUUCAAAUUACAAGGACAAACCUGUACCAGAACAGAUCUUGAACUACUAUCGGGCCAACGAGGUGCAGCAGUUCCAGUAUUCCCGACCCUUUCGGAAAGGAGAAAAGGAUCCCGACAACGAGUUCGCGACACUGUGGAUCGAGAGGACCACCUACACCACCGCCUAUACCUUUCCCGGGAUUCUCAAGUGGUUUGAAGCCAAGCAGAUUACCACGGAAGAAAUCAGCCCCUUGGAGAAUGCCAUUGAGACCAUGGAGCUCACCAACGAGAAGAUCAGCAAUAGUGUCCAGCAGCAUGCCUGGGACCGCUCGCUCUCCUUACACCCCCUCUCCAUGCUACUCAAUGGCAUUGUAGACCCCGCUGUCAUGGGCGGGUAUUCCAACUAUGAAAAGGCCUUCUUCACAGAGAAAUACCAGCAGGAGCACCCGGAGGACCAGGACAAGAUUGAACUGCUCAAACGCCUGAUUGCCUUGCAGAUGCCCCUCCUUGGAGAAGGGAUCCGAAUUCAUGGAGAGAAGCUGACGGAGCAGCUGAAGCCUCUACAUGACCGGCUGACCACCUGUUUCCGGGAGCUCAGGGAAAAAGUGGAGAAACUCUAUGGAGUCAUCACUCUGCCUCCCACCUUGACAGAGAGGAAGCAGAGCAGGACCGGCUCCGUGGUGCUGCCCUACAUCAUGUCCUCCACCCUCCGGAGACUGUCCGUCACCUCGGUGGCUUCCUCGGUGAUUUCGACGUCUUCCACCUCCUCCGAUAGUGCUCCCUCCAGGCCAGGAUCAGAUGGAUCCAUUCUGGAGCCCCUCCUGGAGCGGCGGGCUUCGUCAGGUGCCAAAGUGGAAGACGUGUCUCUCAGAGAUGACGGCGACAACCGGAUCGGCAAGUUCAAACGGAAAGACUGGAAUAUUAGCAAGUCUCAGGUCAUCGCGGAGAGAGAGCCAGAAGCUGACCUAAUGAGUCCUGCCAGCAAAGUACAAAGACCCAAGAGUCUCCAGUUAGUGGACAGUCGGCUGACACUCUUCCAAAGCUCCCCCCUACCCUCAUCUAUGCCUCUGAGCCCUCCCCCACUGACCCCCAAAACUCCCCGGACCCAGAGCUCACCAACAUUGCAGGUAGAUGGACUGAUGGUUGGUGGUGCAAAGGUCCCACCUCCACCCCCUCCCAAGAGCAAGCCCUACGAGAGUAGCAGCCAGAGGAACUCAGCAGAGGUUGCACCCCCACUUCCCAUCCGGCGAGAAGCAAAGGGCCCUUCGCCUCCACCUCCACCUCCCAAGGCCCGCAAGUCAGGCGUCCCUUCAUUGGAACCAGGAUCACAAUGAAGACUCUGCCUCUCCUCCUCAGUGCCUGUCUAGUAUUUUGGAACUGCCAGUAUGGACAGUCAAUCUCAUGACUAGCUUCCAAGGGGCAAUGGCUCCAUUGUCCCUGUUUUCCAUUCCCUCGAUCCUGGCACCAUCGCCUCAUCUGGGAUGACCUAGAACUUGGAUCGACUCCUUUGAAAGCUUCCCCUCCAGUCACGUUCCAAGGCCAUCUCACUCCUUCCAAAGAAUUCCAAAACCGAUUCCAGUCUCGGCAUGAUCCUCAAGCAUCUCCCUUCAGCCCCCUGCCACUGGGGCCUCCAGAGAUGGUUUCUGGCCAUCUACUUAUCCAGCGUGACCCUUCAGUCCUUUCCUUGUCCAUUAGAGGCAUUUCUUGCCUUACUUCUGAAAAGCGAUGGUGGAGUUUCCUUCCUCACGUGGAUAUAUUCCAACCCGUGUCCCUAAACAAUGAGAGACCCUCAUCUGGGCCCUUUUUGUAGCUGAAGUAACAAUAAGUUAUUAGUAUGUAUGAUGCACUCCUUGAGAAAAGGGAACAUGUCUAAGGUAAGGCCAGAAGCACCAUCUUUUGGUGUAAAAAACAAUACCUGUGGAGGUAGGAUUAGACUAGAGGUCCACUGGGUACCUCUAAAAUCCUCUAAUCCCAUGAGUCUGUGGGCAGCUUACAAGGAACCCUGUUGAUCGUGGUUGUGAACUAGAAUGAAAAAAUGGGUUGGAUGCCCCCCCUCCUAAAGCCAAUAGAACUCAAAAGACUUUUUUAAAAUAGUUGAGGUAAUAUUAAAUUAAAUGACAGUACCAAGAGCUAAAAACAAAGAGGAAUAAGAAUUAAGAAGAAUAAACUAAGAGGAAUAUUUUCAAGAUGAUCUGGUGAUAUCGUGGGUCUUCCCUGCUCUCCUGGGAGUCCGCAUGCCUUGCCUGGCUGGUGGCCUUCCAUUCUGGGGAUUCUGUCAAGUCAAGAAGCAUUUAUUAAGCAUUUCCUGUGUGCCCGGCAUGAUACCAAAUACUGGGAACACAAGCACAAAUAGAAAGACUAGCCUUGCCCUCGAGGAGCUUAUAUUAGAAUAUUGGAGGAGAACUCUUAAAAGUGGGUGGUUGGAGAAGGGAGAGAGGGUUGGCCAACACGAUGGAGAAAAUCUCAGGAUGGGAGCCUUGAGAGACAGGUGACCUCCCUGGAGCCUCCGUGUUACUGUAACUGCCCCCUUCCCGUGACAAGUCCCACACAGCCCAUGACAUGAUCUCCUCUGCGCUGGCAUGAACUGUGAGUGAGGAGUCCUGGGUGUGAAUGCCCUUGGCCCAGGCAGUCUGACCUUCAGUGUCCUCCAUCCCAUUUUCCCCAGCAUGGUGACCUGAUCUUGCUUCUCUAUUUGGUAGGAUGCAGGCUAACAUGUUCCUUUUCCACAUAUUUGAUUUUGCCCUCUAAUGUCUACAAAAUUCCCCCAAGGAAGCACCUCUGGAGCCUCCAUGAUGCUCUAAAAAUGUGUCCAUUUUGGGCUGAGCCUGUGAUGUGGGGAUCUCCUCCAUGCAGAUUCCCAACUGCCCUUCAGAGUCAUAAUCUGAGAAUGGGGCCUGAGGGUACUAAGAGGCUAAAUGAUUUGGCUCUGGUCAAUGUGGGUCAGAAGAGGGAUUUGCACCCCUGAUUUUCCGGGCCUGGCGGCCAGCUUUCCAUCCAGGAGGCUCUCCUUGCACACAGCAGAUGGUUAAUAUUUGAACUUUCUUAGCAACGUGACCCUUAGGCAAAGUAAAGAGUAAAAGAAGCCGUUCUGGCUGCUGGAAGCUGGCCAGUUUGGAGUGUGAAUGAUGCUUCCUUUCAUCCCACAAGGCCAUUUCCAAUAGGGAUGAGGAAGGGGAUGAGAAGAAACUUCAUUUGGACCUGGGAGGAAGGGCAGGAUUUCAACAGGUAGAGACCGAGUAUGUGCAUAGUGUUUAGAAAGAGCUGCCCCAUCCCUUCCAGGAGUUAUCAUUCCUGCAGAGGACCCUACCUAGCGUCCCCUCUGUCCCAUGUAGCAGGAUCUUUCUCUAGAUGCAAGACUUUUUAACCAGAAGUCCAUGAACUUGGAUGGAGGGAAAAUUACUUUUUGUUUCCACUAACCUCCAAAAUUUAGCAUUUCCUUCCAUGAUGAAUAUGAGAAACAAGUAUUAUUAUUAUGCCCAAAGGCUUCGCCACACUGCCAGGGGGGUCUAGGACAUUAAAAAGGGUAAGAAGGCCUUCUUUAAAAGCAGAAAGAGUCAAAAAAAAGGGGGGGGGGCCUCUGGCAGAGAGCUGAUGGGAAGGAACUGGGAGUAAAUUUAGGUUUUCCCAUCUGCCUUUUUUAGGAUCAUUUUGCAUGGCCUCUCCCUUGCUCCCUGAGGGAAAGGAGCCUGAAGGACCUCUUUCAUUUUAGGGGUGAGGUAACCAGAAAAGCAGGAAGCUAACAGCGUCACCCUCCCACCCCACAAAGUUGGUAUUCAGUGGAGAUGUGCAAAGAUUCCUGGACUUGGAGGCUUUCUUUGCCAUUGAUUUUGUCAUCUACCACAAGUCUCUUUCCUUCCCUAGAACUCAGUUUGUUCAUUUGUAAAAUAGAUUGGAUGAGAUGCAGGCUCACAGGAGAGCAGACAGGAAAUGCACAGUUUUGGUUGUAAGAUGGAAUGUAGGGGCUUAAAAAGGGGGCAGAAGAGGAAAUUGGCCCACAUCCAUGCAAAGCACUGAGGAUGACCCCGGUUGUCUGAUGGGGCUAAGUGUGGCCCUCCAAGGACUAGACCAGUGCUAGACCAGGGCUCAUUCUGCCAUCUUUUAUUGUGUUUACCCCAUUAAUUGAAAUUAUGUUCCUUAUUCCUUCCUACACACACACACACACACUCACACUCACUCACACUCACUCACACUCACACUCACACUCACACCAUGACAAUUUAAAUGCAUAGAAUUAAGGGCAACCUGCCAACCACCUCCCCAUUUCACAAACUGCCAAAAUGGCCCAAAACAAUCCAAACUCUUCGAUAACCAAACCUUCCCACACGGUACCAUUUGAGAGUGCAGUGCUUGGAAAUCCAUUCCUUGGCCAUGUGGACGUGCCGUUGGUCACGCCAGACACAAGUUCUGCUUCGUGAGAGUGCGGCGAAGCAUGUUUAAGCUCUGAUCAGCAGAAGGACAAAGAGGUUCCUCUCCUUUCCUUCAGUGAUGUGAUGAAGAAAAGAUGUUGAAUCUCCUGAAAUCUGGGUCAUUCUAUCAAGCAACCCUUCUGAAGCGUUUAUUAAUAUCUUGUCUUCAUCUUCAAGGUUAUACCAUUGUGAGAAACGAUCGAAGAUCAUGGUGAAAUGGCCUCCCGGGGCCAUGAUCUGUAACACUGGUGCCUGGGGCCAGUGAUGGCCGGCAGAAGGCUCCCCCCACCUACAGCCCAGAAGGAAGUGCAGCCCAAGAUGAUCCCUCAAAAUGUCCCACCCUCAUGGCAAACUAGAAAGCUUGGGGAGGGAAGGCCCGCUAGGGAACGAGAAGGACGGCUUUCUUCAAGCUUUUAAAUAGCAAUCCUGAACAAGCGUGAUGUGACUUUCUCCUCCAUCCCAGAGGGAAAACCUAGAACAAAGGAUACAAGUUUUAAAGGGAGAUUGUAGAGGGCCUGACUGGAAUGAGAGCUAUUGCCAAAUGCAAUUGUCCUCCUUGGGCCAUGGCGAGAUCUUCACUGGGUGUCAGGAAGUCAAGGUUGGGAGGCCACCUGAGGCAGCCAUUUGUGGCAUGGAAUCUUUUGGAAGUAUGAGUUGAUUUAGAUGACUGGUGAAAUCCCUCCCCGCUCAGAGGCUCUCAUGAUUGCAUACCUUUCUUCUGCAUAAUCUUUGAGUGGCUUCCUUAGAUCCAUACUUAGGAAAGAUGUUUUGAGAAGGCUGCAAUUUUUUUUGUUGAGAUUUGCUGUUAUUUAUUUAUUUUUAAAUUAAACCUGGAAUUGAUUUU